GCUUAUCGCUCGUAAUGUGCGAUUAAAAAAAUUGCUAUAGCAUUCGAUAAUUGGACUUAUCGAAAAUGAAUCGUUCAUAGCAAAACACGAAGAAUUUCGAAGGCAGCGAAUCUGAUUUGAAAUUCCAUAUCAGUUCCCUGCACUAUCGACUCGUUUUUUAACCUAAAUAACUGCUCCGAAUUGUAACGUAAACACAACCGGCGCUUCCACGUCGGUUCGUAAAAAAUUGUAACAAUGGCACCACGUGCUCAUAAACUGGAAUCACUGAAGAAGAAAAACGAUAAUUUGCCUGAGAGAAAGUCUCAGUGGUCGAGGGAUAAAUUGUUGCUCCAAAUAUUUGCUCUUGUUUCAUUCGUCAAGGUGUUAUUAGUGCCCACGUAUCAUUCGACGGAUUUCGAAGUCCACAGAAAUUGGCUGGCAAUAACCCAUAGCCUGCCAAUCAACCAGUGGUACACGAAUUCAAAAUCAGAAUGGACCCUGGAUUAUCCUCCUCUUUUCGCCUGGUUCGAAUGGUUGUUGAGCCAAUUCGGGAAAUUGGUGGAUCCUGAGAUGCUGAAGGUCGACAACUUGAAUUAUGCAUCCCGAGGGACUAUCUUGUUCCAAAGGGCAACUGUGAUGUUCUCGGAUUUGGCUCUGGUGUACGGAGUCCGAGAAGUUGGAAAGGUUUAUUCCACUUCUUUCAAUAAUUUCGCUGUAUUCUCUUUCUUGACUCUCUGCAAUAUCGGAUUAUUAAUGGUGGAUCAUAUUCAUUUUCAAUACAACGGAUUUCUCCUCGGUAUUCUACUGAUUGCAAUCGCUGAAGUGUCGAAACCCGAUCAGAGAAAUAUUAUAAUAGGUGCAGGUGCCUUUGCAGUGUUAUUAAACUUGAAGCAUCUUUAUCUCUACGUUGCACCUGCGUUUAUCGUUUGGUUAUUGAAAUGGUACUGUUUGAGGUCUGGGAAUUUUUUCCUCAGAUUGAUUCACCUCGGAGGAAUAGUCUUUGUUGUUCUGGCUGUAUCCUUCGGGCCAUUCGUGACUCAAUUUCCGCAGGUUCUAGCAAGACUAUUUCCCUUCAAACGAGGCUUAACUCAUGCCUAUUGGGCCCCCAACGCCUGGGCCCUCUAUAUUGGCGGUGAUAAGGUGCUAUCAGCGCUCUGGAAACGACUCGGCUGGUUGUCAAUGACUAAAACUGCGACGAUGACUGGUGGACUCGUCCAGGAGGACAAACUCAGUGUUUUACCCACUCCCACACCACUCGUAACUUUCAUCGCAACAGUUUUGGCGAUUUUACCAGCUCUCAUUAGUCUCUUCAGAAAGAAACAGUACUCGUUGAAGCCAAGCGAUUUUCUCAGCUGUUUAGUGCUGUGUGGCCUCGGCUCAUUUAUCUUCGGGUGGCACGUCCACGAAAAAGCUAUUUUAACUGCUAUCAUUCCACUGUGUGCUCUAGCCACAGCCGACAUUUUAAAUGCCCGAGUAUUCAUGAUCCUCAGUGCCACAGGUCAUACCUCAAUUCUCCCUCUCCUCUUCCCUCAGAACCUCACGAUUCUUAAAAUCACAAUGCUGUUGACCUACACCGCGGCGUCCUGCGUCUGUCUCCCAAAAUUGCACAAGCACUCGUUAUUGCAACUGCACGAGUGGCUGUAUAUUGCAGCUCUACCUUUGGUCACUCUCUACGAAACUCUUAUCCAUAAAAUGGUUUUUGGCGAGGGACUACCGUUUUUGCCCCUGGCGAUGACUUCCAUUUAUUGUGGAAUUGGGGUCAUGUACUCGUGGUUACUGUAUUACCACAACUAUUUGAGUGACCAGAUCAAAGAAACCACAACCAUGGCGAAGAAAAAACGGUGAUUUCCUCAGGAUGAAUUUUUGUACAUACUAAAGAUCGCUGUAACAAUUUUCAUUAAAAAGUUGGUUUAUUA